GGAAGAGGUCUUAGCCUUCUUUGAUUUGAUUUAUUAGUAGCCAAUGGAUAGGGCGGGCAAUGAUGCGUGGUGCUGGGUGCGGGCCAGGUGUGGUGUGGUGCCUUUUCGGUUAGAUCUUAUUACUUAGCUCUUUAGGGAGAUCAGAAGGACGUUUUGCCAUGGUAAGCGAUGGGAAAAGCUAAAACCCCUUUAAGGUGGCAUUUUAUAUGGGCGCAAAGUAGGUCUGGGAGGAUCUUGAUCAUAAUAGACAAUUUGAAGAAGCUGUGCAAUAAUGCAAUUCUUCAACUUGCACUGUCCAGUGGUGAGAGGUGUUUGGGCUAUGUUCUUGGCAGUGUUUGGGAUGCAGUGAUUGUUGCCGGCUUCUGCUUCAGAAACUCUUGAGAGUUGAGUCUUAAAGGGGAUGUACAGUGGGUAGACAAACUCAAGAUACUUUGAGAGUUGGUCCACUAUAUAUUUGGCGGGGUUUAUGUUGGGAGAGAAAUAGGAGAUCUUUUGAAGUUGUAGUACCAUCUAUACUUAUAAAAGAAAAAAGAUGGUGUAGUAGCAUCAAUAUGGGUACUGAAGCACUCUAUUUUAAGUUCUUUAUUUUUUUGGGGUUAAAGGGCAUAUAUGUACAUUUGUAGAGGAAUUUGUUGAUUUUUUUUAAUAGCUUGAGGUUAUAGUGAUGUUUUCUUUUGUGUAGUUAUUUUUUGGGUGUUCUCCGUUUUGACCCUUUUUUAAUACUUAACCAAAAAAAAAAGAGAUUUAAUUAUUAGGUUAGUCUAGUACUUCAAUAUGUAAUCGUACCCGAUACCAAUACCUCGACACAUGGUGACAUAACCAUCGCUUGAGAAGCCACAUUAAUCAUCUAAACAAGGCCCUGACCUUAGGACUCCUUGGUAACCUCGAGUUCCACUCUUGAUCUGUUUGUUGAACUUCCACCGUAGUUGAUACACUUGGAUCGUUGGAUGUUUUCCUGAUUACAUGAAAUACUUCCUUUAUCUUAAUUAUUAUAGAAAUUUACAUUUAGUGAACUCCAUUGGGGAAGUUAUUCUCCUAUAAUGAAAAAAACGAGGGAACUUGUGCUGUGGGCAUGCUUGCCAAAGCACUAUGAUAGUAUGGUGUAUUGAAAGUAGACUGAGACGCUAGAACCAUUAUGUAAUAUUAGAAAGGAUAUUAUAAAAUCUUGCAAUUACUGCUUACUGGUAAGAGAAUAGGGUACUAUUCUGAUUUAAAUGGAGAAGGGAAAAAAAAAAAAAAAAAAAAAAAAUCAAAUUCAUGUCGCUUAGGGAAAUUGUACCUGUGCUGGACCUGGUGAUGAUCACGGUUUUGAUUUUGCAUAUGAAAUUAAACCUUGGGACGGAUGUAAAGCGAAGCAGUCAUUCUAGAUACAAUUUUUAAAUAUUGGAUUUUCCGUUUUUUAAAUCGUGUAUCUCCGUCACUUGUAGUGAUUUGAGGAAGCGACCAUUCGUUAUUCAGACCUGCUUUGUGUAAGACUGGGGGGCAACUCUUUCUUGGGAUAAAUGACGUAAUUUAGUACCCAAUUGCCAAUUCCAAAAUAAGUAGAGAAAAGAAGAGUGCUAUUUUUUUCAUUGGUAAUUCCUCCUUUUUUCCUAGCGUCCAAUCAAAAAAAAAAAGUUCGCUAACGUUACACCACUUAGAUGUUGAAAUGGUAAAGAUGUCAUAGUUGUUAUCGCAGCCACCGUUCUGAUAAUGCUGGAUGGGGGUGUAAACAACAUAACCUUUGGGAAUUAGGAUUCUGAAGUCAUAAUAUCUUUUCUUUUUUCUUUUCCUCGUCUUUUUGGAGUUUUAUUUUUGUCUCAUGUCUCCUCAGACAACGGUGAUACACAUGUUUUAACUCUAUAAUGAUAUAAUCUCAUAAUUUUUCUUUUUAUUUAGUGAUUUUUAGUGAGCAUGUAGAGAUGAUUCUGUCUAGGUUUUUAAAAUGGUUUUCUGUCACUGUUGGUGGGGAACACUGCUUUGUUUAGAUUUUCAGUACUUCUACAAGCCUAAAAUGCAGUAGGAUGUACUGGUUAUUAUUAUUAUUUUAAUGAUACAUUUACAUUUAUGAUAAUUGUUUGUUAAUCCAAAAACUUUAAAUUUAGGUCUUACCUAGAAAACUUGAUUUCCAACCUUGAUCUAAGUCGAUUAAGGUUGGAAAUGAAGACCUAAACCCAAUUAAGAAUAACGAGUGAAGAGAAUUGAUCUUAAGUUUCUCAUCUUAACAUCAAUUAAAUUGUCAAGGCUUUUUUGAACCUGUAGUUUUAUCUUAGCAGCUCAAGUUUUAGUUGUUAAGUCGAACGGCAUAUCUAAGUUGGAAAUCUUUUUAGAAAUUUAUAUAAUGAAUAACAUCUUAACUUUUAAAAUUCCAAUACUGAUGCAAUAACAGCACCACACAUGAACACUCGUCCACUGUUGUCACAGCAUGUAAUGUGGUCAGGACCUCUGGCUGUCGCGCUUUGAAUUUGCCUGACCUUUGAAACCAUGGUAACCACGAGGAUGACUAGUGGUGGUGGUGAUAUUGGCAAUUUUGUAUUGUUGUGGUUGUGAAGGUAAACUUUUCUGCUGUGAGCCUGUGACUGAGCUUUUCCCUAAAUGAGCAUCUGGGUAUAAAGUUGGAGAAAUAUUAGUGAGAGAGGGAGAAGGUGUUAUUUAAAGGGUAAAAAGGGACCCUCUGGGACCAUUGUGUCACAUGUUCUUAUUAUCAAGUAUUCAAGUGACAAGAUCGAUGAAUAAAAAUAAGAUAAUAGGGCGUGAGAACAAAGUUGAAUGGAUUUGUGCAUGGCAAAGCUGGAAAACAAAUAAUAGGGCUGUGGUGCUGAUUUUCAAUAACCAUUUCAUGAGUUUUUGUAGUGCAAAUUUUAAACUCGUUCCUGGAUAUGAUCAAAUGGUUACUAUCUGCCUUGAAGUCUAUCCUGACAUAGUAUCUGGGAUAAUUUUGGAAAAGAGGACCUAGUAGCAAGCGAAAAUUUGCAAAGAAAAAAGAUUAAAAUCAUAGUUAUUUUCAAAUUUCUUCUUAUUGUUACUUUUUCAAGACAAGAUAGGAGAUGCGAGUGAAAAUGUGACUGCAAUUUACGAGGAAGAGGAAAGGAACAUUAGCAUGGCAGAACUUGGGAAUGGUUUCUUCUGUUCCUGGCCAUGCUUGGAAGCAAAAAGUUACAGAGUAUUUUGAAUGGAGGUUGCUACUUACAUGUUGCACAAGAGCCAAGUUCAGCAGCCCGUGGAAUGAUACCAGAAUUUAUGUUUCCAAAGACUUCAACCUUAAGUUCAUAUAACUUAGGCAAUGCUGAGCUGGGAAGUUCAUUUUUAUCUCUCCUUUCUGGUCCACCAUCAUUAGUGCAAGGCGAUUUACAGCAAUUGUCAAUUCCGAAGCCAUUCAAUGCCUCCACAAUUCCUGUUAAGAGCAACGGUGUCGUGGUCAGUGCUGCUGGAAGUAGUGUUUCAUUUGCACCUCCUGGGCUAUUAUCAGAAAAUCCUAGGAACCAAAAUCCAAAAAUGGGAGGAAAUCUUUGUCCAAUUGUUUCAUCCAGGGCGAGGGCAAGUUCAAAUCACUGCAGCGCUUCUGGGUUGCAGGAUGUACAUCAGGCUGCAAACUUAAAUCUUCAGAGUUCGGAACUUGCUAAGGUGGUCAUCCAUGGCACACUUCCUGUCAAUGAGAAAGUAAAUGAUAUUUCUUCUGUGAGUGGGGGAUGGCUUACUACUACAACCCUUCCUAAUGUUGGGAAGUUUCAUGGCACGAAUAUUCAGGCAUCACAAAAAGUUCCAUUACAAAGUCACUCUUCUGUUUCUCAUCAUUCAUCUACUAAUACAAGUGAUUGCCCUCGUGUGUUUUGUUUGGGUGCAAGUGGCGAUCUGCUUCUCAGCAAUACAGGACUUCUGGGCAUUGUUUGCUCUUGUCAUGGUUGGCACAUGUCGAUUUCCAAGUUUUGUGAGCAUUCAGGAUUAUGUAAUGUUAACCCUGGGGAUGCUGUUCGUUUGGACAGUGGCGAGACCAUAGCUUAUUGGCGGAAGCUUUACUUCCACAAAUUUGGGAUUAGGGUUCCAGACGAUCAUAGCGGAUGGGAUUGGCCUGAAGGAUUCUCAGCAACUGCUGGUUUGGUGAAAACCAGAACAACUUUGCCCAACAUGUCCAGAAAUUCAGACCUGUCUAAUCUGAUUGGUUCAUCCGGAGCAUCGGUUAGGUCUGGAUGGUCUUGGAAUGAUGCAUGUCCAAAGAACCCUUAUACUGGUCAGAAAUUGGUUAAUGAGGUUUCCCAAAAUGAAAAGCUGAAAAAUGCUCAGGAUGGUUUCAAUUUUCUCCACAAGGGCUUUAUUGGCACUUCAAAGAGCAAUUUGCACCCAAUGGCUGAUAACCAGAAUAUGGAGUGCCCUGUGUCUAGGUAUUCGACGGCGUCAAAGUUAGUUGGUUUAACAGGACCAGAUAAUGGUUCUCAGUCCAUUUCCGCUUACAUUGAUUCAAUCUCUAAAAGUAAAAGUUUAUUCGUUUCCAGCACAAAUUUGCUGAACUUAACAACCCUUGGUGUAGAUUCUUCUAACAGCAGAUUUAACUAUUCAAAGGAGGGUGAUAUUGUGGACAGAGAGGCAGUUCCCUCAAACUUUGAGUUGAGACUUGGGCAACCUUCUCAGCCGAUUCAGACUCGGGGAAAUCCAGUUUUACCUGCCUUUGGAUCUCACCUGUUUUGCACAGUUGGUGAUCCCCAGAAAUCACUCUUAGCGGAGCAGCUGAUGCAUAAUACUAGCAAUUCAGUGGUAAUGGAGAGACGCAGACAGUUUAUUCGAUGUGCUGCUGACACUUCUAAUUCCAGUGCGAGAAGAGAACAAAGCCUAUUGAACACUGUGAACAAUGCAUCUGGUGUGAGUAAUGCAGUAGAUGCUGCUAAAAUAGAACAUCUCAAAGGUGAUACGGCUAAGGUUUCAGGAAUUUCUAUGUUGCUUCCGCACUUGAAUACUCCUCUUGAAGGAAAGUUGCACUUCAAAAACACUAACAAUGUGGUCAAUAGUAGUGAGGAUGUUAUGCCUAUGACACAUUGUGAGUCUCGUACUCUUAACUGUGAUCCAAUUAAAUUUCCUUGGAAUAGAGGGGGUGAAAUAGAAAGGAAGUUGAUCAUUAAUGAACUUGGCCUUCACAAACGUAUGGACAAGGGAAAAGCAGUGGGAGAUAUAGCCGAUGACUGUCAUGUUGCAACUGAAUCAAGCUUUGGAUUUCCAAGUAAGCAUAUUGAAAGUUCAAGCUCUUUUGGUGCAGUUGGCAACGGAACCGGUAAUCAUACUUGUUCAGUGGUACAUGACAAGGGAUCUCACCAGUACCAGUUCCCUGGCAUGCUUCCUUAUGCAUGUGAUGCCAGAAACGCCUUAAACUAUUCUGGGAAAAAAUCUUGCCUCGGAAAUAAUGGCCACGUUGAUCGUGUUUUUCUUAGAUCCAUCAGCUCAUCCAUGGAUUCUGGACUAAUUGUGCCUUCACAAGAAGUUCCAAUGGGGGUUUCCACAACAACAUCGAUAUCUGUACCUCGUCCUACGUCAGCACUACUGAAUAAGGAGGGCAGUGGUAUAAGCCCCUAUUUAUUGGAUGAUAACUUGAGAAAUCUUGCAUUUAGGCAUAUACUGGAGUCAUCUAACCAAAACCAUUCCUUUGCCCCUUUUGGAACCAACCAAGAAAAAGGGAGAUUCAUCAACUCCUGUGGUGUGAAGAUACAAGGUUCUAUUGUCCAUCCGACAAUGUCAAAUGAACAAAGGCAUGGACCUGAUACCACUAGUAAACAGGAUGCUUGUGAACUUGCUAUGAAAUCACUCCAAUCUGGUGUUACUUGUUGGAUGAGUCAUGAUAGUGAAAAUUUUGCUCCCGUGGCAGGUCUGAAUAAAUGGUGCGAUUUCUCAACAUUCUCGCAAGCAAAUUCUGUGCAUCCUAAAGGACUGGAAACACAAUAUGAAAUCUCUCGCAGUCCUCAUCCAAACAAUCAGUCUUCAUCGAGAAGUGAAAACACCAUUUCUCCAUCAAGCGAGCUUGUAAAAUGCUGUCAGAGAGUACCAUGUACAUAUUUUCCAAGCAAGUGCAUCUGUGCUUUCCACGCAAAUCAUGUAGUCAGUUGUGACUCUAAAGGAAAAACUUCCCUUGAUGCUGUUGAAGAACAUGCAGGAAGUAUUUGUGGCAAAGCCUCCCUUUUAUUUGCUUCAAGGUUUGAUGAAGAAUAUAAUUUCCCAAAGAAAAAAGUUGUUUCCUUAGGUCAGAAUGAGAAGUUAGAGGGGCAAAUUCCUAAGAAAGCUGGUACUCAUGGUUUCCAGUGGAGAGAUGUGCCAAGGAAGGCAACAGAGAUUUGCAGUGUUGCAUGUAUGGAUCAACCAGCUGAUUUAUUGGAUGGGAGCCUAAACGUUGAGGAUCAAAUUAGUGUUGCUGCUACUGAAUGCUUCAACAGAUCUGCUCAAGAUGCGGAGUGCUUGAAAGAGCAACAAAUGUCUAAUGUUUCUUCUGGAUGUUCUGCCCCUGCUGUUACUCAGGCAUCAAUUGAGGUUAAUAACAUGGAUUCUUGUACUGUUGAUGCUGGGGAUACUAGAUAUACAAAAGAUCUUGUAGUGGAUGAAGGAUCAGGCAUUGACAAAUGCUGGUCAUCUGAUGACGCACUUGACAGCGAAAGAAGUGCUGAAUGUUUUCAGUCUUGUAAGAUCAAGUCGAUAAAUGAAAGUUCUUCUAAAGCAUUACCUAAUCAAUUCUCUCGUACUCUGAUUGACGACCUUAGGUUCAGAGACUCAUUCUGGCUAAAGAAGGUACAAAAUAAAAUUCAUACUGGGAACACCAUACAUGAAAAGACCAAUCAUGCACAAAAAUCUGAGAGUGGCUUCAAAACUGGAAAGAGAAAACAAGCAAGCAAGUGGAAGAUGCGAGAUGCAUCAUUUUCUUCCUCUGGCUUUUCUUCAUCCCAAAAUGAAUCUCCAAAAUGUAUUGGUAAUGCUGAAUGGCAUUCCAGUUCAUCCAGUGAUAUGCAAAUGCCACUUAGAUCUGACCAAGGGAUAUCUCAUAAUUGUGCGUGUUCAGCUGGUCCUAGUUUUAAAAGGAGGAGGUCUGGCUUUUCUUCUUCCAAGACUAUGUCUCGUAAAAGAGAUCUACACAGACUUUACAUUGAAAGGGAGGGAGAAAAUGAUUAUCAAACACAAUUGAAGGUUAAUGGUAAAUGUGUUGAAAUUCCAGAAGCCUCUGGCGGGAAAAAGUUAAGAUCAGGUCGGACUGCUCUGAAAACUAAGCAGUUCCGGAUGCAAGAACAAAAUUGUGCUGAAGUUGUGAAUUUUGAUUCCGCAGUUCGUAUGAUAUCCACUUAUGAUCAGCCACUGGGUGUUUGUAAUGGUAGGGAAAGGCCAGUAGUAGCUGGGAAGUAUGGUGUUAUUUCUAAUGGAAAUUCAUCGAAACCGGUAAAAAUCGUUCUUCUUAGUAAGAUUUUUAAAGUUUCUACAAGAUGUGAACUUACUGAAAAUGACGAGUUUAGGUUAAAUUCCGUGAAGAAGUUGAGGAAGAGAAGUGUUAAAGGAGGCAAUGGAUGCUUUGCUAAAUUGUCUAGUUUUAGGAAAAAGGGAGAGGGUGAAGGUCACGAUGCUAUGGUUUGUAGUGAAUUAGAUCCUGACUAUUUUAUGGAAGAUGCAGAGACGGCUUGCUUUGGGGGAGGUAAAAAAUGUGAUGAUGAAUCAUACAUGUUGGAGAAAGAAAGAUAUGAUGGCAGUGUGAAGAAUCGUAAUAUUCCAAGCAGUUUUUUAAGCACUCGAUUGAAGACAAAGAGUAAGGAAAUUCGCAAGCGCAGCCUUUAUGAGCUAACAGCUGAAGGAAAUGGUUCAUGUAAUUCAAACUUUUCUCCUGUGAAGAUUUCAAAAUGUGAACCACAAACAAAGGGCCAAUAUCUGGGGAAGUUACUAAAGAAUACUGAAAAUGGUAAAUGUCUUGCGGAAGAACUAUAUGGUGAUAACAAAUCCACUAAAGAGCAUCAGUGCCAGUCCUCUACUUUGGGGUUGGGUGCAUUUUGCUGUGUUUGUGGAAGUUCAAAUAAGGAUGAAAUUAACUGUUUAGUGGAGUGCAGUCGAUGCUUAAUCAGGGUGCACCAGGCUUGCUACGGUGUUUCCAGAGUACCCAAAGCUCAAUGGUAUUGCAGACCAUGCAGGACUAGUUCCAAAAAUAUUGUCUGUGUUCUCUGUGGUUAUGGAGGUGGGGCCAUGACUCGGGCACUGCGGAGUCACAAUAUUGUGAAAAGCCUUUUGAAAGCUUGGAAUGUUGUGACUGAAUCCGGGCCUGAGAAUUCAAUUUCUCCUUCUGAAGCUUUGGAGGAUCAGUUGAGCAAAUUGUCUUCAAGUUCUAUACAUGAUAGUGAUUCAUUUCAUUUUAUCCGACCUGUACGCAUUGAGUCAUCUUCUACAGCAGCAUGGAAAAUAGAUCCACAGAAACGGUUGGAAUCUGUAAAGGAUUCAUCUCGUUCUUCUGGUAAAUUGAAGGUGGACAACAACAUAACAGCAGGAGUUCUUGACUCAACUGUUCAGCAGUGGGUUCAUAUGGUUUGUGGACUCUGGACACCAGGAACGCGCUGCCCAAAUGUUGACACAAUGAGUGCUUUCGAUGUAUCUGGUGCUGCUUGUCCUAAAGUAAAUGUGGUUUGCUCAAUGUGUAACCGACCAGGUGGUUCCUGUAUAAAGUGCAGAGUUAUGGAUUGCUCUGUUCAGUUUCAUCCCUGGUGUGCUCACCAAAAGGGUUUGCUGCAAAGUGAGGUUGAAGGUGUUGAUGAUGAGAAUGUUGGUUUUUAUGGAAGAUGCGUGCUUCAUGCAACAUAUCACCAGUGUGAUUCAGAUGGUGAUCCUGUUGAUACCGAAAUUGGUCAUCCUGGAAAAAAGGACACAUGUGCUCGGACAGUGGGCUUCAAGGGUCGGAAACAGGAAGGCUUCCAGCAUCGUCUUAAUUGUCAAUCUAGUGGCAGUGGUGGGUGCCUUGUUCCACAAGAGCAGUUAGAUGCAUGGAUUCACAUUAAUGGGCAAAAGUGCGCAAAAGGGCUUCCAAAGCUUCCAAUUUCAGAUAUUGAGUACGAUUGUCGGAAAGAAUACACACGUUACAAACAGUCAAAAGGUUGGAAGCAUUUGGUAGUAUACAAGUCGGGCAUACAUGCCCUUGGUCUUUACACAUCUCAGUUCAUUUCCCGUGGUGCAAUGGUUGUUGAGUAUGUAGGUGAGAUAGUGGGGCUCCGUGUGGCAGACAAAAGAGAGAGGGAUUAUCAGUUUGGAAGAAAACUUCAGUACAAGAGUGCUUGUUAUUUCUUUAGGAUAGAUAAAGAGCAUAUAAUUGAUGCGACCCGUAAAGGUGGUAUUGCUCGGUUUGUCAACCAUUCGUGCCUGCCAAACUGCGUUGCCAAGGUGAUUUCUGUGAGGAAUGAAAAGAAGGUGGUGUUUUUCGCUGAGAGAGACAUAUACCCCGGAGAAGAGAUUACUUAUGACUACCAUUUUAACCACGAGGAUGAAGGUAAAAAAAUACCUUGCUUUUGCAAUUCAAAAAAUUGCAGGCGUUAUUUAAACUAGGCAAGCUUGGUGAAAAUAUAUUUUCCUGUAAAGCACUCAUUUUUUUCGAAGAUAUCAAUCCUGUAUGGCUGUCAAUAUUUGGCUUAUAUUACAUUAAAUAUGGUCAAGACAAUUUAAUGAAAUAUAUUCCUGUCGUUGUAUAUGAAAGUUCCAUGAAGGCAGAAUAUCACUGGGAAUGGAUGUCUCCCAAUUGAUCUUUAGUUUAUUUUAUUCAUUAUUAGUGUUGGGACUGUU